GUGCUGGGCAGCUAGCACAGUGUUUGUCAGAACUGAAAACAUGGUUAAUGGGAGCAGAGCUGCACACAUAAUGUCCCAUAAAACAAAAACAAUGAGACUGAAGAAGCUUAAAUGUUCUGGUGAACUGCAGAGGACCACAGGGAUGUGAGACUGACGCGCACCAGGCUGGAGAACAACUUCACCCAGCGGCCAGGCAGCGUGCUGUUUCUUCUGGGAGGAGGAGGUUGUGGACGCGCUCACCGCGGCUCCAGGCUGAGGGAGGGGGGGUCACUGAGUUGAGUGCGUGAGAGAGCGUCUUUUUGUUUUCUUUCUGUUUAUUUUUUAUUUUUUUAUUAUUAUUAUUAUUUUUUAAAUACAACUCAGCAGCCCUGUCCCGUGCUGUGCUUGCCAUAUGUCGCGAAAGCAGGUCGACCAUGACUACAACCUCCGUAGUAUGAGCAACCUGAUGGGCGAGCGGUGGAAGAAAGUGAACGACGGAGGAGAGCGGAGUCUCAUCAAGGCUCCCUCCAGCGCCAGCAUCAGCAGCCAGGGCGCCUCCGCCUCCACCGCCGCCGCCGCCUCCAGCGCCGGUGCCCCAGCAGCGCCCUCCUCCUCCACGGGGGAACUGGAGAGGGCAGCCCGCAAGCAGUUCCAGCAGGAUGUCACGCCCGGCUUCGUCUACGUCCUGGCCGCCUUCUCCGCCCUGGGGGGCUUCCUGUUCGGCUACGACACCGGGGUGAUCUCCGGGGCGAUGCUCCUGCUGAAGAGGGAGCUGGACCUGAGCGCCCUGUGGCAGGAGGUGCUCAUAUCAAGUACUGUGGCCGCGGCCGCCCUGUCCGCGCUGCUGGGCGGCUUCCUCAACGGGCUCUUCGGGCGCAGGGUGUGCAUACUGCUGGCCAGCUUCUUCUUCGCCGUCGGCGGGAUCGUGCUGAGCACCGCCCCGGGCAAGGAGGUGCUCCUGACGGGGAGGCUCAUCGUCGGAGUGGGGCUUGGUAUCGCCUCUAUGACAGUUCCGGUGUACAUCGCCGAGGCCUCUCCGCCCCACCUCAGGGGGCAGCUGGUGACGGUUAACACCCUCUUCAUCACCGCCGGACAGUUCACUGCCAGCCUCAUCGACGGCGCUUUCAGCUACUUGCAGCGCGACGGCUGGAGGUACAUGUUGGGCCUGUCGGUAGUUCCCGCUGUGCUCCAGUUCGUCGGAUUUCUGUUCCUGCCGGAGAGCCCUCGCUGGUUAAUCCAGCGCGGGCUGACCCAGAAGGCCCGCCGUGUGCUCAGUCAGAUCCGAGGCAACCAGAACAUCGAUGAGGAGUACGACAGCAUCAAGAACAGCCUCGACGAGGAGGAGGGUGGAGGAGAUGGCCCUGUGAUCUGGCGGAUGCUGACCUACCCCCCGACUCGACGGGCCCUCCUGGUGGGCUGCGGUCUUCAGAUGUUCCAGCAGGUUUCAGGGAUGAACACGGUCAUGUACUACAGCGCCACCAUCCUGCAGAUGUCGGGAGUGCGGGACGACCGGCUGGCCAUCUGGCUGGCCGGACUCACCACCCUCACCAACUUCCUGUUCACCCUGCUGGGAGUGUGGCUGGUGGAGAGAGUGGGGCGCAGGAAGCUCACCCUGGGCAGCAUCAUAGGUACGAGUUUGAGUCUGGGCCUGUUGGCCAUCGGUUUUCUGAUGUCAGCCCAGCACAGCCCUCCUGUCACCUUUCACCCGCUGGACCCAUCUAUGGCCAACUCCACCUGCUCCAAAUACCAACUGUGCGAGCCGUGCAUGCUGGACCCUGGAUGUGGAUUCUGUUACCGUGAGAACGCCUCGUCGCUCCUCGCCUCCUCCUGCGUGCCUGUCAAUAAGGCCUCCACCGAGCACGCAGCGUGGGGCAGGUGCUCCAACUCCAGCCUGAUGAGAGAUCAGACCUACUGGGCCUACAACUACUGUCCCACCUCCUUCUCCUGGCUGGUUUUACUGGGUCUGGUGCUCUACCUGGCUGCUUUCGCUCCAGGGAUGGGUCCCAUGCCCUGGACCAUCAACUCAGAGAUCUACCCUCUGUGGGCGAGGAGCACAGGGAACGCCUGCGCAGCCGGAGUCAACUGGACCUUCAACGUCCUGGUGUCCCUCACCUUCCUCCACCUGGCUCAGUACUUCACCUACUACGGAGCAUUUUUCCUCUACUCCAGCCUGGCAUUGCUUGGUUUCUUCUUCUGCUACGGCUGCCUGCCGGAGACCAAAGGCCGCCGUCUGGAGGAGAUCGAAGCAUUGUUUGAAAACCAGCUCUGCUCCUGCGGUGCCUCUGAUUCAGACGAGGGUCGGCAGGUCGAAUACAUCCGAGUCAAAGGUUCAAACUACCAUCUAUCGGACAACGAUGCAUCCGACGUGGACUAGGGAGAGUUUGAGUGGCAUGAUUGUUGAGACACGCAGUGGCUGGGUCUGUGAUAUUUUCUUUUUCUGUGUGAGCUGAGGAGCCACUGGUAACUCUCGCUAUGAGGUUGAGAAUCAGUUCAAAAAGCCUUUUGCUUGUAUCAGUAAUGUGAGUGAGUUCUCUUUCAAUUCAGUCAGUUCAGGAAUCCAAAAAUCAAAGAUGACGCUUUCACAGUUAGUACGAGUAUGUUUAUUAUUCUCUGAAUUGAGGGUUAACUGACGACAGAGCUGGAGUUAAACCCCAAAAUAUCUGAUUAAUGAAAGGCUAAAACACACAUAACAGACAGAGGUUCAGUAUGUUUUGUCAUGGACACUUGGGCAGGAAACAUGACUGUUGUAAAGACAAUGUACGUGCAAAAUAUAAGGGACACUCCCUCUCUCACGAAGUACUUGACGAAAGAGGCUGUAGCUCAGUAUCAGUAAACGUCCCUAAUAUUUUCUACAAUUUCGGACAAAAUAUCAUUUAUGGUUUAUAUAUACGUUGUACAUACAGUAUAAAAAGUAAAUCACGACACAGCCACCCUACAGCACACGUUUCUAUAGAGAACCCCAUCUUAAGGUACGGUAAAUGUGGUCUCAGGUUUGUGCGUUCACCAAACUUUCGUUAACAUGACAGCAGUUGUAAGUUAUUGUUGAGCUGUAGUACCAUUAUGCCUUUCUAUAUGGAACACGUCUCAGUUAAAUGUUGUUGAAGCUUGUAGCGUAGCACAAUAAUGUCAGUUCCUCAUCUGAUGGCAGUCUUAGGUUGUGGUUGUUCUGAGAUUUUUUUUUUUUUUAAUGAAAAGCAAACACCAGAGAUGUACAGUAUAUUGUUCAAGUUUAGAAAACUUGUAUUGUCAGUUGGUGCCUAAACAAAACUCUAGUAGCACUGAGAGGAAUCGUUUUUUGUUGAUAUGGUUUAGUUUGUAUUAAUUAAUUAAUUUAAAUAUUUUUUCCAUCAGCUUUGCAACACAACUAAUUGCUUUGGCAUAGUUUAUUUUUUUCCAAUUCUGUUGCUUACCAGCCUCUCGCAUCACGUCCCCACUGGGCUGCUUGACCCCACACUAUGGACCCGUGUUAUAAACCCACUUAUGUCAUGAACUAAGGUUGUUAUUGUUGGGUUUUCAACAUGUAUUGUCUAGCAAAGGAAGUCUAAGACUGAAACCACGACUUUAUGAUUGAGACUUCACAUGUAUUUCGUCCGAUCUUUAGCAUCAUAAUAUUAGUGCCUGUGUAUUGUUAAGAUGCCUAAUGGUUUUUCAGUCCACCCCCCCCCCGACGUGGAUUAGAUUAUUAUAACAUAUAUGUUAUGUUAUUUUUUUAUUUAUAUGUACAUAUUUGUAUUUCACCUGUGAUGGAAUAUGAUUUUUUUUCUAUCAUUUCAUUUAUUUUAAUUUGUGUCUUCCUCCAUAGCCUUAUGUACAAAUAGCAGAGCAUAUCAUUUAUGUGGUUCUUGUGACAAAAGUUGAGGAGUAGACUUUAGCGUAAUUUGCCGAUGUUGUUUUGUAAAAUUGUAAAACUGUGUGAGGUUACACCUUGUUAGUCAAACACACAUAGGUUUCUGUGUAGCAAAAACUGUUAAAAGGUAGACUACGGAGUGACUUUGUGUAACUAAACAAAACAGGUAAAUGAGGCACUAGCGCUCUACGACGUUACCCUGUCCAAUGAAUAGGUUUCUCAAAGCAGACGAUGUAAAGUGAGGGACUGUCUAUACAUUUUGAGCCUUGACCCAUUGAGUCUUGACCCAUUAUAAUUAAUGAAACAUACCUCUUUUUAAAAAAUGUUUUGUCGUGGCACAAUGAAAGGACAUUUUAACUGACCUCUAAAAGUUGAAUUAGGUAUCCAUAAGUAUUUACAUAUUUUUGGUAUUGUUAAGGUGUCACAUUUACAUAUAGAUGCCAAUAGAAAUGGUUAAUCAAUAUAAUUACAGUCACACCACUCAUAAAUGGCAAGACAGUAAUAAAGUGCCAUACACAUGCCUAUAAAAAUGAACAUUUCUAACAUAAAUGUUGAUUUCCCAAAAGCAGCAGCAGUAAAAGGACUCUUUUCAGCAAAUCAUAUUUUGGUGAUCUUUUUCCAAAGCAUGUUAUACCUUUUUAGACAGAUUUAUUUACCUUGCGAGAAGUCACAUGUCUCUAUUCACAUCAAUAUGCAAUGAAAACAAACUUGCAGUCCAACUUUGAUUAAUGCAGAACAGUACCAGGUUUGAAAUAAUUCAGUACAAGACAUGGUAUCUCAUGGUAUGCUUUUGUGAUCAACAACACUGUAACGCAUUUAUGAUUUUGUAUUAUGGGCCUAAAACGUGCAAAAUCUGUAUCUGUGUAUGAUACCUGAGGCUAAUAAUGUAAAUCCAGCAGCAUCAUUUUUGGAAACCUGUUUUCUGCAAUUAGGGAAUUGUAGUGAGGGAAAAAGGUCUUACCUUAUUCUUCAAUUUCCCAAAAUGGGCUUGUUAACCUUUUCAUCCAGAUGGAGACUAGUUUAGAGUAGGAGGAGAAGAGCUUGACUAUAAUUCAAAAUGUUGAGGUGUUGUUCAAUGUUAGAUUUUCAUUUGGUCCAGGAUGAGCAGUUUUAAAACCACACAAACUAGUUUUGUACUGAAAGUAUUACUACAGGUAAAAAAAAAAAAUUAAAAAAAAACA